GAAACUAAGGUAAAUAUAACCUCACACACUAAAAUGUCAAAACAAAGUCUUGUUACGGGUGUAGUUUUGUGUAGAUUUAAGUAAAAUAAAAAUUAAUUUGUCAUGGGAAUUACAGGACUAAUUCAAUUCGUUGAAAAUGCAUCAAAUCGAACAAAUAUUAAAGAAUUCAAGGGGAGCGUCGUUUGUAUUGAUGCCUACUGCUGGCUUCAUCGCGGAAUUUAUGCUUGUUCCGAAAUUUUAGCGUGCGGCGGCAAAACUGAUGUUCACAUUAAGUACUGCAUUAAGUACGUCAAAAUGUUGUUGCAUCAUCAGAUCAAACCGAUCCUUGUCUUUGACGGCCAACAUCUUCCCGCCAAGGAACUUACAGAGAAAAAGCGCAGAGAGUCACGAAAGCAGGCAAAGACCCGUGCCGCUGAAUUGUUACGUUUGGGCAAGAAGAGUGAGGCUAGAAAAUAUUUCAAUCGAUGUGUGGAUGUUUCGCAUAAAAUGGCUCUAGAAUUGAUGCAUGAAUGCCGGAAACUAGAUGUCGAUUGCAUUGUAGCACCGUACGAAGCAGAUGCUCAAUUGGCGUUCUUGAAUAUUAGUGGAAUGGCCGAUUAUGUUAUCACGGAAGACUCAGAUUUAACAUUGUUCGGUUGCAAAAAGAUUCUGUUCAAACUUGAUCUGGCGGGCAAUUGCUUAGAAGUCGAUACCAGUAAGUUGCACUUGGCCAUGGGUUGUAGUUUGGAGAAAUAUUCGUUUGAUAAGUUUCGAUACAUGUGCAUACUAUCCGGCUGUGAUUACGUAGACUCACUACCUGGCAUCGGUCUUGCCACAGCGUGUAAGUUCAUAAUGAAAACGGAGGAAGACGACAUGAACAGAGCUUUGGAUAAGAUACCGGCGUAUUUGAAUAAGAGGCUAUUAGAAGUGACACCCGAAUAUAAACUGAACUUUCGGAGAGCCAAUGCAACUUUCAAGCACAUGUUUGUGUAUGAUCCUAGAAUAAGAAGAAUGGUGAGACUGUCCGAGCCAUCUGAAUGUGAUAUUGAACUAUGUUGCAAUGCUGGUUCAACGAUGGACGAUAAAACCGCAUUUCAAUUAGCCAUUGGCAAUCUAGAUCCGUUUACACUGGAAAGACUAGACAACUGGGAACCAGGAUCAAACAACAUAGCUAAAAAAAGCAUCUGGCAGAGCGCAAACGUUGCAAAGAUUUUCCAAUCUUCAACAAAUAAACCGAAACUUUCGCAAGGACUACUGCAGUACAGACAAAAAUCUGUUAACAAAAUCGACGACUUUGCAGUUACAAACGAAGUAUCACUGGAAGAAACGUUAGCCAGAGAAAAUGAUAUUCUCUCAGCAUAUUCUAACCAAUCUUCACCGCCAUCUAAGAAACGAAAGGCUGUCGUUUAUGACGAGGUGGAUUCGACUAUAUCGGAUACAGUUGGAGCUAGGAAUCCAUUCUGCUUGCCCAGAAGUAGUACAGAUGAACCUUCAGCUAACCUGCGGCCGCUAACCAAAACAGUGAGUCCGGUAAAAAAGCCGGCAAUAAAUCCAAGUCCUUUGAAAACGCCAACGAAAAUGCCGAAAAGUCCUGCGAAGAAAGCAAAUGCGAAGGCUGCGAAAAGGAAGUUAACAACAACAACAUUGGUCCUUAGCAGAUUUUUCAAAAAACCUGAAAUUAAGAGUGACAAGGAGACUGAUCAUGUGGACAAUUCUAAUCAGACCGAGGUCAAGGAGAAUUUUCUUCAUGUAAAGUCUUUGUAUCAAAAUAGUGUAAAUAACAACCCGACGCUCUACGAAGUAGACACGAUGGAAUCGAACGUAGAACAGAAAGAAUGUGAAGGUGAAAGUGGUUCAACAACUGGUUCUGAACGAAAUGGUAUGGAUGAAGAUAUUGUUGAAUUGAUAUCAGACUCUGAAGACGAUCGGACUGCCAUUAAGACGACGUUGAACAAAUUUAUUCGCCAGAAAGAGAAACCCAAAACACGAGUGUCUGGUCUAAAAAAGGCGAAAUCUUCACUGCCUUCAAACCAACCGAGCCUGGCUCAAUUUAUGUUUACUAAAAGGGCAACCUCUUUUAACUGAAUUCGGAGUUGAUUAUCCAGUUGUUAAUUACCUAUGCAAUAAAGCAAAAGUCGCCAUUCAGUUAUUGGCUUUUCGAA